UCUACAAACUCUUUUCUUUCCUCACCAAACCAAACACAAAACCAAACCUCAACUUCAACAGCUUCUGAACAACUCUUGAAACCAAAAACUUCUCUAAUGCCGGAAGAAAUACGAGAGCACGGUGGUCACACCGAUCCUAAACCUUCUCCACCUCCGCCAAAACGUGGCCUCAUCAGCCGCAAGAGACAGCUCGUGUUUCUCUCCUUCAUGAUUCUACUAGCUGCUAAAGGACUCGUUGGUAUCGGAGAAGUAGCGUUUGUUAUACUGUCUUAUAUAUACUUGUACGAGUUCAUCUCCAGGUUUGCCUUCCCACGCAAGCAAAACGAGCAGAGGAGGAGACUCUCAAACCCUAAAAACAAACUCUUUCAAGCUUACUUCCUCGCCACUGCCAUCAUCGGCCUACUCUUCCCGAUUUGCUACAUCGGAGAUGGACUAUACCGGGGAGACAUCCACGGUGUUAGAGCUGCAGCUCCACAUCUUUUCCUCCUCUCCGGUCAAGCCUUCACCGAACCAAUUGGUUUCUCCGACCGGUUUGCAACACCCAUUGGUAUUCUCGGACCGGUUUUCUACAACGCUCGUCGUAUCUUCGCUCUGUUGGAUUGGGUUAAAGCCGAGUUCGCAGAUAUUCAGCGUCCAGGUGGUCCAAUAAGAUUGUACGGAGGAAGAGCUAUAGCGUCGGUUAACACCGUCAUGUGGUUUUACAAUCUGUUUGGUCUCUUGUUGCCUGUGUUUCUUCCUCGGUCUUGUGAGAUUUACUUCUCAGCCGACGACAACAAAGUAGAUUAAGUAACCUCCCGUCUACUUUCUACUUUAGAAUCUCUUAUGUUGUGUUUGUGUCAGUGCUUGGUAAAGAUUAUUGUUAAUAAAAGCGACAGUUUAUGACUGCAUGAUUGAUA